UCCUGUUUGUAUCCUAGGAAAACAUCAUGGCCGCUAUGGAUGGGCAACAAGCUAUGCGAGAAAAUGAAUUUUCUCCUGUAGUAGAGGGAAAUCUUGUUCACACUGGCGGAGAAACACAUGUUCUAAACUUCGACACAAAUGUUUUAUCUUUAGAUAAUGUUCGAGUCCCUACGGAAAUGACGGACGGUGCCGAAAAUGAAAUUGUCGAGUCUGAAGAUGAAGAAGAUGAAGAUAUUGAGCUUUCUCCUGGCGGAAUUCUGGAUGAGGAAACCAUUGGAAGAAAUUUAUCAAAUCUAGGAAGAUCAGCAGAUGGUUCACAACAAGUCUUCCUUCAUGUCCAAAUUGCGGGUUUCAGCCUAAAAGAUAUUACAGCAUUAUCAAACUUUGUACAUCUGCAGAAAGUUGAAUUACCAUACAAUGAACUGACAGAUUUAUCUCCCCUUAGUUCCUUACAAUACAUGCUUAUUCUGGAUGUGUCUCACAACAAGCUAACAAAGCUUCUGGAUUUUACACCGCCCAAGAAUCUAAAGGAGGCCAACUUUGGUUACAAUGAGAUAGAGGAGAUGGCGGAUCUGUCUGCCUAUCAUUAUCUCACUGUCCUUAAUCUGGACCACAAUAAAAUUUCCAAGAUCACUGGCCUGGAGAAAUGCACUCGUCUUCAGGAUCUCAGUCUGGCACACAACAAAGUCGAGAGGAUACACGGCCUGGAGAAUCUGCCGUUACAGAGCCUCAACUUGUGUCACAAUCACAUCAAAAAGAUAGAAAACUUGGAAACACUUCGUUUGUUGAGGAGUAUAAACCUGGCAGGUAAUAACAUUCGGAGCUUGGCCGGCCUGGAGGAUCAUCCUCUGCUGGAGAAUGUGGACCUGGAAGACAAUGAGGUGAUUGACAUUUCUGAGAUGAAAUACAUCAAGGAGUCGCAGAUGCUGCGUCAGGUGAAUCUGUUACGGAACCCUAUACAGGAGCUUCCCGACUACCGCUUGUCCAUUCUGUUCCGCAUGCCCAGUCUCACGGAGCUGGACAGACACAGAGUGGAGGUCGAAGAGAAGGUGGCAGCAGUAAAUAUGUUUAACCCUCCGGCAGAAAUCGUUGCGGCCCGAGAUCACAUCAUGCAUGUAGUUUACUCCUUUCUUCAGCCCAGUCGAAUAUUGGAUAACACACUGCCCAGUAUGGAGACUCCCUACCCGAUGCUAGUGUUGGUUGGUCCCCAGGGGUCAGGGAAAAAGGACCUGGCUUUAAAAUUAGUGGAGGAAUUCUCGGAUUACUUUGGCUAUUGUGUAACACACACCACGAGGAAACCCCACAAAGAAGAGACCCCGGGCAGGGACUACCACUUUGUAGAUCUGGAGAAAUUUGAGUUUGACAUCAGAUGGGGACAGUUCAUACAGACCCACCAGUACCACGGUCACUGGUACGGACUACAGAUGCAGUCCAUAGAGGACAUCGCCCGGGAGGGGCUGGCCUGUGUGGUCCACAUGGAACUGGAGGGAGUUCUGACGCUGAAGAAUACAUAUUUUGAGCCUCGGUAUGUACUUAUCAUGCCACUCAGUCCCGAGUGUCACGAGAAGCGUCUCAGGGAGCGAGCCCUGUACACAGAGUCCCAGAUCGAGGACAAUCUCGAGCGAGCCGAGAUGUACCAGGACUACAACAGAGACCAUCCCGGCUUCUUUGACAUGAUGAUCAACAGUGAUGACAUUGAGGAGUCCUAUAAACAUUUGAGGCGCCUGGUCAUGGAUUACCUCGGCAUCAGUAUUCCCUCGUUUGAGUCGGAGGCCGGUGACAUCAUGGAAACUAAGGAUACAGAGAACGCCCCCACAGGGACACAGCUGGGCACACGGACCUGGUCACGCCCGAGUAUCCCUGACAGCAUGUCACAACAGUACACCCGCGGGAAGACCACACAGUCCCCCAGCCUGUCGGGGAGGGGCAUUCUGGAGGCAAUGUCACUGAAGCGUCGACACAGUGCAGCGAAGGCAUCUGUCGCCGGCUACAUCCCUCCGCUGUUUGAACAGAUCACAUCACAAUAUCCAAAGACGGCGCCUCAGACAGUAGACAACCAGGUGGGUCUCGACGUUGUGACAAUCACAGAGGACAUGAACCGCUCCCAGUCCGCCCCGGUCAACAACAAGCCCCCACAGUCUGACGAGGAUACCUCUUCUGAUGAUGAAUCAGAUUCCAGCCUCUCCAUGUCCUCCGCCAGGAAAUUCGCUCGCUCUCCGGACGGAUCGGUUCACAACGGCAAAGACCCCCACCUCCCCACAGAGACGAUGAACCCCAUGGAACUGUCCAAUCCCCGCCCUCCUUCCGUGCCGCGCCCCACUUCUCAAGGUCAAGGUCGGCCGGGGUCAGACAGACACAAGGUGCUGCCACCUAUCAACCAGAAGGGAGCCUACAUGCCUGAACUUUAGCAGUGUUAGGUUGACAUCUACAUUCCUGAACAGUAGCAGUCGUAAUAGAUUGUCUGUCACUCAGAGGUUUAAUGUACAACUCUGUUGGGGUGAUAAUAUGAAGCAAAAUUUGUCAUUUUUGUUACUUACGAUGACUGUGAUAAUUUUUAUGCUGUCCUAAUUUUGUGGAUUUUGCUACAUGUACAGGUAUUUAUUAUUACCAUGUGAAAAUCGUUUUGUACAGCCAAUGUUUGAAUUCAUUUUGUAUAUUUACAUGCAUUGUAUAUAUCCUCUAUUGAAAAUGUAAAAAUAAAUAUUUAAAGAAAAUACAAUGUAUAAUUUACUCAGAAAUAUAU